UUCCACAUGAUCCAAAUGAAAUUCCAAUAGAUGAAAGACUCGCACAUAGCCUAUAAAUAUCUAUGGCCAUUGUAUAAAAUUAGGUAUGAAUGCAAGAUCCGCUCAGCUCAUUUUGCAUGCUACUCUGUUUUUGCUCGGCUUUCGUAAUUGGUUAGUUUUGGCUGUUGAAUUGUGAUGGAAGGUUCAGGCUCAGGCUCAAAAAGCUCAUACUCAAGCAAGAGUCCUCCUAUGGGGGCUCCUCCUGCUUCUUCCAUAUCUGAGCUCUUUGAUGGGUGUGCAUCCAAAUCUAGUGGUGGGCAUUUUGGGUUUGGUACAGAGUCCUCCAAGGUUGGUUUUACUCAACAAAGGGCAGGGGUUAUGGGUAGAGUAUCAAAUCAAACUGAGGGGACUGCAAUACGUAGACACAGUGAGGAGCAUGACGUUGGAAGUUCUGCCCGUAAUAUGAAUGGUAGCAAUUCACAAAAGGGUCAAAGCAAUCAUGGCAAGAGUCGGAGUCUAAGCGAUGCUUUUCUUACUUCUUCUUUAUGUUAUGGAGGGCGUGAUCUGUACAAUGAUCCUUCAACUGCAAAACCAGAAGGGUUGCAUGGGUUUAAAGAAGAUAAUAUGGACGAUGAAACAAACACACCCAAAGCUUCAAGAGGCAAUUGGUGGCAAGGUUCACUGUAUUAUUAAAACUUCAAGUCAGACUAUUUGCCUCCUGCAUCAAUUAGAAGAGGUACAGAUGGAAAUUACUAGCUGCACUCAGAAGUUCAACGAAUUCAACAAGUUGUCAGAUCAUAAAUUAAUUGCUAUCCUUCCGAACUGGAUUGCUCUACUCUUUUGUAAUAUGGACUGCAGAUUUUACGUUUGGUAGCUGCAGUUUUGUUUUGAAUCCAAAGUUAUACUUUUCUGAAUGCA